AUGACCAUCUUUCUCAUGUUACUGAGCAUCAUGACCCAUAUCUUGACCUCCAAGCAAAUCUUCAUCGGACGGAAAAGAAAGAUGCACCUCAGAUGACAGCUUACUCGGACCUCUCAUAGUCCUGCUAAUCUUGACAAGCACUUGCAGACCUGAGUGGAGAGGCAGAUGCAGCAGACACAACCACCAAACUUCCUUGUCGAACUUCUGCUUUCUUUUCAGGGGACCACAAUGAACACCACUAUGACUCCGAACACCACUAUGACUCCCAACACCACCAACAUGACCACCAGCCAUCUGUCAGAGCCCUUCAGAAUCGCCCUGAUCACCAUCUACAGCCUCGUGCUGCUGGUGGGCACCACGGGUUUAACCUUGAUGAUGAGUUUGUUAAAAAGCAACAUUCGUUCCAUAACCACCAUCGCUUUCCUCAACCUGAUAGUCGCACACUUUAUGUUUCUGCUCACUGUACCCUUCAGAUUAUACUACUUCAUACAAAAAAGUUGGAAUCUGCCCCACGGCUUAUGCAAAGCGGUCAGUGCCAUGGUCCACAUUCACAUGUACGUGGUGUUCCUGAUAUACGCCAUCGUCCUCAUGAUACGUUUCCUCCAGUAUUACAAGAAGACCAAGCGCACAGAGUUUUAUCGACGGCUGCAUGCGCUUGGCGCGAGUGCAGCGUUAUGGUUUGUCUUGUUACUGGUCAUGGUGCCUAUCGUGCUAACCCAGUAUGGUAAAAAUAAUAAUAACCUGUCGUAUGAAGAGUGCUUCAACUUUGACAAUGAAUUGGAGAAUCCCACCAUCUACGCUCUAAAUGUGAUCUUAUGCAUGGUUGUUGUGGUCACCUCGUGCGUUCAGGCCUGUGUCCAGACGAUCAUUCUGACGUCACUGAUACGCAAGUACGGACCUAGCAGUCGCUUCCAGCAGGAGUUCUGGGUCCAAAUGAAAAACUUUUGCUUUGUACUCAUCAUGCUCAUCUGCUUAAUGCCUUAUCACCUGUUUAGGAUAUACUAUCUAAGAAACACUACGAUGCUGCACAAUGCAAACGAGGUGUUUUUGGCUAUCACAGGACUCACGUGUUUGGACAUGUUGACGUUCACGGGAAGGGGCGCGUGCAAGUUGUGCUGAACCUGAAACACUAUUACAGGGCCGUACUGCACUUUGGUGCUUUAUAGACGGUUAGCACGGAUCUGAGGCUGAAACACUGGACUGGGAGAUAAGUGUUAUAAAUAUAGUAGAUGGGAUAAUUUUCAUUUCCUGGUUAUAAAUCCUUCAAAUGGUAGAGUAUUGUGUAUUGUGUUUAACAAAAGUUCAUGACAUGUACGUUUUGUCCAACAAGGUAAUCUUUACAAAUGAACACAAUUUUUAUAAAUGUUGAAGUCUAAAUGCAUUUAAUAGAUAAAAAAAUACCUCAUUUAGAAUUUAAGAUUAAUAAAAAGUCAUGUUUAUUUGUGAUUAUCUUUUUAACUUUUGAUAAACACCGAGCUUAUUUUCUUUGCGAUAAUCCAAAAGUAUAUGGGAAAAAGAAUUGGCUUUUUAGUGAGGGAACCAGUGUCCUGCUAACUUUUGGGGUUGGACUACAAAAAAACGUCAUCCCUGCAGCACUCUAUUGCAAUGUCAAACUUGGAAAAUGUUAUGAAUCCAUUCGUACCUCAUUUCACCAUAUGUGUUACAGUGACAGAAAAUGUAAAUAGUCGUUUCAUCAUUUGAGGUAAAUGUGAAAAAUAUUGUUAAAGGGAAUGAAAAACUCCUAAAUUGUAGUAUAAAAAGUCCCAGAAGCCAAGAAAGAUUUGCAUGCCCCGAUGCCAGAAAGUUUGAACCCCGCACUUUAUUUUCUCUUGCACAUGCCUAUACGCUAUUUACUUCGGUUAAUUAAUGUAAUCUUUUUUUCAGGACUCCAGACUAACUUUUUUCACUAGGGG